GACAACGUUUGUUGGCCCUGUUCCUCUUGUUCCCUUGCUAUCACGACAUGUCCGACUCUUUUCCUGAGGCGGACAAAAGGCCAAAUAACUCUGAAGCUCCCGGUAUAUCCGACCCAGCCUCGUCUUUACGUGCUGCUGCUCUCUUGACUCUGAAAACCAAGCGUCGCAAACCUGAUACCAGCAAUUCCCGUCCUCCACCACGUGUUGACAACUCUUUUCAACUCGACUAUGGCCAAAUGGAUCCUGCUCCACCCCCAUCUUCCGACGUUGACAUGUCUCUGGCAGCGUCGCUCAAGGUACCCAAGUCUGACGUCGAACUGGACGGUCAAUCGCGCGAAGAAGGCGAAAUAAGUGACUCGGAAGACCCUGCCUCAAAAACAGCUCCCAUCACCACCAGGGAAAUAACAAGCUCUGCACAAGUCGACUCGCUUCGGCCCUCAGCGACAAAAGCAAAUCUCAACGACGCAUGCAUCAUUGGCCCUGAUCGUGUCCGGCCUGGUCUUUACAUGAACCAGACGCAGUAUGAUACUGCCAAGGAUAUCGUGCUUGACCUCUUAGGCUGGGGCGUUCCUCCUGACUACCUGGUGGACUGUAAUCUCAGUCGCGAACUGAUCUUCUAUGUAUUCAGCGAGCUUAAUCUGCGACUCCCCCAAAACCUCGAUGUCACUGGUCUCGUUCCGUAUACUCCAGCUUACGUAGCCGCCCAUUCCCGUCCGCUCUCAGUGGUCUCUUCGUCACCUCGGUCUGAAGCCCGAUCGCAGCAUCCAAGUUUACCGCAGAAGCCUGGAGUCGAUUAUUUGGGUGCCGCUGAUGUCGUCGCCGAUCCACCUGUCUUAUCAUGCGCGACGAAAGACGAGUCAACAGAUGGCACCCUGCACGACAUUGAACGACAACGCCGCGAGGAGCUGCUUGCUCGCAAAGCCAUCCAAGUAACCCGCAAAGUCAAGCCCUCGUCCGACGCCUCAUCAAUCGCGUCGUCGUCGGCAGAUUACGACGUUGAAAUGCCGCUUACAAUCCCCACCGAAGCCGUUGAGGACUUCCUGAAGACUAUUGGGGAGAAGAGCCUUUCGCCGAAGAUUAAGACGGAGCCGAUGGAUUCGAUGGAAAUUGAUGACAUACCUGAUCUUGGAGGAAACAAUUCGCCAGUGGACAUGCAAGGUAACGUCGCCGGCCAUCAAGUUGUCACCUCACCGACGGACUCGAUGGGCCCUCCAACCACCGAACCUCCAGAGGAUUUCAGCCAGCGCCGUAAUGGAAAACGACCCAGUGCUGCCGACUUUGUCGACCUCGAUGUUGGUACCCGCAAUGGCCACAGCAACGGCCGGAGCGUACCCAAGGCGCCUGUCCCGAUUCGGAAAACUGCAAGUUUUGCCAGUAUCAGCGGGCACCGGAAACUCGUUAUUGAUCUCAGCGACGAAAGCGACGGAGAUGACGAGGCAGGGCCAGCGUGCGAGGAAGACGCUGAAGUUGCGAGUCGUUAUUCGUCUCCGGGUCCGGGUCGUAUGCCGGCAAGUGCUAGUUCCGGCCGAGGCUCACCACCUGUUCCACCGCAAGCGGGCACUAUGACUUUAGUGGAAAAAGAGGAGGAGAUUCGCAAGAUGAGGGAGAUGAUUGCCCAGAGGGAACGAAAUCGGCUGAACAAGUCGACAGUUGAUGAGGACCCUGGGCGAGUUGCCAUUCGCCCGGUCGAUGUCAACUCAGCAUCGACGCAGACUCGGUUAGCAACGCAAAUCCCUCCAAAACCCGGUGAAGGCCACGGAGCUUGUGAUGAGUAUGAGCACUUUACCCAAUACGAGUCCUCGCUCGCCAGAUACCCCCUCCUUGGCGGCCACUCUACACUCUCUUUAUCCAACCCGUCGUUCUCUUCGUCUAUACCAUCUGUGCCGAAUCUGCUGCCGCUCAAACAGACUUCCCACCGGACGCUCGAUCCAGGAAAGAGGAUAUGCCAAUACGAGCUUCCAGGUGGCGGUGUGUGCCGAGAUGCUGAGUGUAAGGAUAUCCAUCUCAGCCGCAUUGGUCGCGAGAAAGGACCGGAUGUCCUGGAGCCGAGUGAUGAUGACACGGCCGAAUACCUGGGUAGAGCUCUUUCCCAGGAUUGGAUCCAUGCACAUGCAGUUACCGUUGCAGGGAUCACCGCGGCCCUGGCACGAACGGACCACGCUCUUGCUCUGGAAGAUCGAAAUUUCUCUUAUCGGAUCUCGUGGGACCAGGUCACGAUGGACAGAACGUUCCCUGACAUGGGAACACCAGGGACCCCAGGGACCCUUAUUGACAACUUUUUCAUCAACACCGUUUUGAUUGUUCCUCGAAUAAGCUUGACCCUUGCCCCAAUGCGUAAGCGCGCUCGCGUCGACCUUGCCGAGCCCAUCGAGAGCGGUGUCUCGGACAACGCGUUCAUCGCCGACCAUGAUGCCAUGGACUCUGCCGGCGACGAUGAUGAUGACGACGACAAGCCCAAGAGCGGUCAGAAGCAGGGCCGGCGCAAAAUUAAGAUCGAGUUUAUUCAGGACAAGUCGAGGCGCCAUAUCACCUUCUCCAAGCGGAAAGCUGUUUUCUUCCCUUUUCGUCCAUUACCAACUGAUAUCGUUCAGGCAUACGAACUCUCCACCCUCACCGGCACUCAAGUCCUACUCCUCGUUGUGUCUGAGACGGGUCUCGUGUACACGUUUACGACCGCGAAACUGCAGCCCCUCGUCACCCAGCCCGAGGGAAAGAACCUUAUUCAGGCAUGCCUGAACGCCCCGCAUGGUACGCUUCCCUCCGCGAUGCCUGUCGGCCCACCUAUUGGCCGGGCUGGUCCCAUGGGUGGGCCCGGUGGUCCCCCCGUGGCGAACAACCUGCCAGGUGGGCUGUCCAUCAGCGGCGGAGCGAACACCUCAUCUUCCAAGGAUGAUGACGACGGGAACGACGAGGACGAGUCCGCGCAUACAGGUGACAAACGCCGUCGCCAUUCCUCUGCCGCCAGUGCCUCAUCCACCGGUCCAGGCGCCUCCUCCUCAAACAGCCGUGGGGCAACAUCGCCCCAUCCGACGACAGGACCGCCACCGUUGUCGAUUCCGUCGGGCGGGCCACCACAGGGCGGGCCGUCGCAGCACCCGCAGCACGCGGGCCCUCCGUCACAGAUAUCUAUAGGCUCUCCGACAUCACCCCAACAAGCCCAUGCGCCGUCAGCUCCCCCGUCUGCUCAGUACUCGUCUGGGCAGACAGCGUAUUCUCAUCACCAGCCGCAGCCUCAGCACCACCAGCAGCACGACCAGAACCAGAUGUACCCAUCGCACAUGAUGAACCCCACGUCGUACCAGUAUCCUCCCGGAGGUGGUGCGCCGCCAACUCAGGGUCAAGCCGGUGGGCAGCAGUUGACUGGACUGGCUGCUGCUGCCGCCCAACAUUCCCAUUGGCAGAAUCCCCAGGGUCCAGUGCAGGGUGCAGGAUAUGGACGACGACAAUGA